GCAGGAUGCAGGGGCCGGGAACCAUCAAGACUGAUGUGUUGCUGGGGGUGGGAGGAGCAGGAGCUGGACUGAGUGAGGCCCGUGGAAGCCAAUCAGAGCCAAGUUUGCCUCCUGAAAGCCAAUCUGGGAGCAGGGGCUCUGGGUGAGCGAGUGGCUGUUCAGAAACCCCGCAGGGAGGAGGGGCCAGCGCAGGCCCGGCAGGCUUCGCAUAUAAAUGGCCCAGGAGCUGUGCACCGUCACAGAGCCGCUGGUCUCCCACUUGCGCUGCCCCCUCCCUCUGGACUCUGGUGACUCAGGCCUUUGUUUGACUUUCCUGGUUGAGGCAGGUCGCCUCCCUCGGCAAGAUGCCGGAGUGCUGGGAUGGGGAACACGACAUCGAGACGCCUUACGGCCUUCUGCACGUGGUGAUCCGGGGCUCCCCCAAGGGGAACCGCCCCGCCAUCCUCACUUACCAUGACGUGGGUCUCAACCACAAGCUGUGCUUCAAUACCUUCUUCAACUUUGAGGACAUGCAGGAGAUCACCAAGCACUUCGUGGUGUGCCACGUGGAUGCCCCCGGUCAGCAGGUGGGGGCGUCGCAGUUUCCCCAAGGGUACCAGUUCCCCUCCAUGGAGCAGCUGGCCGCCAUGCUCUCCUCUGUGGUGCAGCACUUCGGGUUCAAGUACGUGAUUGGCAUUGGAGUGGGAGCCGGAGCCUACGUGCUGGCCAAGUUCGCACUCAUCUUCCCAGACCUGGUGGAGGGACUGGUGCUGGUGAACAUAGACCCCAAUGGCAAAGGCUGGAUCGACUGGGCGGCCACCAAGCUCUCCGGCCUGACCAGUACUUUACCCGACACGGUGCUAUCCCACCUCUUCAGCCAGGAGGAGCUGGUGGGCAACACAGAGUUGGUGCAGAGCUACCGGCAGCAGAUCGGGAAUGUGGUGAACCAGGCCAACCUGCAGCUCUUCUGGAACAUGUACAACAGCCGCAGAGACCUGGACAUUAACCGGCCUGGAACAGUGCCCAAUGCCAAGACGCUCCGCUGCCCUGUGAUGCUGGUGGUCGGGGAUAACGCACCUGCCGAGGAUGGGGUGGUCGAGUGCAACUCCAAACUGGAUCCGACCACCACGACCUUCCUGAAGAUGGCAGAUUCCGGGGGGCUCCCCCAGGUCACACAGCCUGGGAAGCUGACUGAAGCCUUCAAAUACUUCCUGCAAGGCAUGGGCUACAUUGCGUACUUGAAGGACCGAAGGCUGAGUGGAGGAGCAGUGCCCUCAGCCAGCAUGACCCGUCUCGCCCGCUCUCGUACCGCGUCCCUCACCAGCGCCAGCUCAGUGGACGGCAGCCGCGCGCAGGCCUGCACCCACUCAGAGAGCAGCGAGGGGCUGGGCCAGGUCAACCACACCAUGGAGGUGUCCUGUUGAAGCUCCUGGUCCCGUGAAGACGCCCACCUGCCCACCACCCGCAUUGACGUCCCACUGCCAUCCUCGCGCGGCUCAUUUCCCCUUUAGUUUAUUUUUGUGAGGGCGAAGGGGAGGAAAUGGGGUUACUUCUCUUUUGUGUAAAAAGAUGAGGGGAUCUGUCUUAGAUGCUGCGGCGGAACAGUCUCCAGAUGGUUUGAGGGGCUCACUCCUCCGCACCCCACCCCACCCCGUCACUCACCUUGCUAACUUGGCUGACUUAGACUCCCCAAGGCCCAGGCACAGUCAGGGCAGGGUUCCAGGGAAGAAGGGGAUUAGCUAAGGAAAGACUUUGAGUCAUUCUCUGGCCAGGAUCCAGGAUUAUAUCCUGGAUUGAAGAAAGCUUGUACAUGGGAUGGGGUUUUGAGGUGGCAGGUGUGGGGACAGCUGGAGCACGGGGUCCAGCUCAGGCACUGGCGUGAGACCAAGUAGACAGCAGCGGGGAGCACUUGGAGGCGGGAGCCCUGGAGCUCUGCAGGCCCCUUCCCCCCACCUUCAGCCCCUCCACCAAGCACAUCUGUUUCUGUCUUUAGCACACGUGACAAUCACCUGCACAGUAGCCACAAGGGGGCGCUUCUACCAGACAGCAGUUUUCCUGGUGCUCUCUGGGCAGGCCUGGUGCUGUAGGGCCAGGCAGGCCGGGGCUGAAAGGGGUUUCUCUGCCCAAGGAAGACAGAACAUGGAGGACUUUGAGGGCAGGAAACCCACAGACUGUCCCUUGCAGCCCACAUUCUGCCGCCUCCUGGCCCUGUCCCAUUUCUGAGCCAAGGCUGUGAGGCAGAAAGUUACCUGGUCCUCUGCCUCCAUAGGGAGCUGACUAGGGCUGAGGUCAAAGGCUGGGAUAGACCUUGAGUGUUGGGUGCACCUCUGAGAACCUCGUGGUGAUUGCCUGCGGAAGCCAGCGGGCAGUGGCAGCUCAGAGUUCCUACAGAGUUCCCUGAGAGACCCCCUUUAUGCCCCCAGGUUCCAUGAAGGACAGCUCAGUCAGCAGCAGCUUGGCCAAGGCCACUGGAAACGUUUCUAGGGAGAGUUCUAGUUAAGCUAUGACAAUGUUUCAUGGAGGCAUCACUGAGAGAGUUCAUUUGGAGAAAACUGGUCCAAGGUAAUGGGACUUGGCAGUACCAUAUCACCAUCCUAACCGGUUGGAAUGGGCUCAGGCUGGGGCUUGCUGGGUCCUGGGGUGGGAGGAGACGUUUCCUGACGUGGACAAGGGCCAGGCAGGGGAGAAAGGCUCCCCACACACCCCAGCCCUUUCCUGCCACCUGAAGCCCAGGGCUGUACCACGUACUUCCUAUUCACCCACCUUACCGGGUAGAGUCUCCUGACCCAGAAACCAGAAGCCAUUUGUCUCUGAGCCUAAAUCAAUUGCCACGAGCCCCCAAAUGAGUAAAAAAAGAGAAGAGGAGAGAGCAAUGAAAAAUGCAGGGCUGUGGAGGGGGGUGGGUGUGUGUGGGGCUGAGGGGACACCUGCAUCCACAUUUCCUCUGCACACAUCACCCCCUUCUAUAAUCUUAAGCCAUUACUCUAGACUGCUCUAGAGCCCAGUGGAGUGUUAGUCCGUCCCCAGUUCUAUUCACUCACGUGCUUCCUUUGAAUAUAGAAUGUGACUGUGAAAAGCUGGUAGAAUUAAUCCCUCUUACUGUAGAUAGCGCUGUGAACCUUGGAUUUUUUUUUCUGUGUUCUUUCAGAUGAGAUAUCUAUAAACAUCUAUACAUUAUAUAUAUAUGUAUAUCGGGUCCUCCUGCGUGUGGCUUCCCAUCGGAGGUUGUCUCUUUGGUCAAAGUGAACUUUUAAUGGAAUUUAUUAUUUUCCUCUCUGUACAAAGUGAAGAGCCUACUUUUGUGUAUUCUGGUGGCUAAUGUCAUGAGACUUUGAGAUGACAAAAUGUAAAACAAACCCUUGUCAACGUAGAAAGAGUUAACUGUGCUGAAAAACUAAUAAAGAAACU